GUUGAUCGACUUCAAGUUGAGUCCGAAGAGAUGCUCAAUGUAGUAAAGACAGUUCCUCCUGGCAAACCUAUUCCUCCUGCUUCCAAGCAGAUCCAUGAUUCAGUAAAUAGUUAUGUAAAUAGAGCGAAAAGUUCGAUUGAAAACACGGUGAACUCUGCCAAGAGCGGAGACAUGAAGGACAAGUUUGCCGAUUCCAUGUCUUCUUUUGGAGAAAAAGUGAGCUCGAUGAUGGAUAAAGCGAAAAGUUCUGUACAAAACCUUCGCAAUUCAAUUGUUUGUAUCAAACAAGGUUAG